GCAAAAACGUCAUGCUAACGGAUGUUUUAUCCGUUUUCCGCAAGCUACGUAAAACGUGCGCAAAACCCCAACCAAAAACUUGAGCUAUAAUAGUGAAAAGUGCUUAGAACCCUUGCGGCAAAUCCGCUCUUUUUGGGAGGAACAGAGAGGAAAGUAGUUCGAGUUUAUGAACUGAUUGGCUAUAAAAAACAAGCGAAAAAAAGCCUACAAUUUAUUACUUUUCGGUCAAUAACGCCCUGCCGAAUCAAUAAAUAAUCUGGAAAACGAUAAAUGCAAACAAUCCCUAGAUGUAUCUGCAGAAGUAUUUAUUGUUAAAAACAAAAAUAGUGAAAAGUGCUUGAAAAUAACCUAACGGUAAAUCCAUUCAUUUUAAGAGAAAAAUAAGGUUUUGCGUGAAAGUGACAGCUGAUGAUAGACAUAAAUAAAACCAAAAAUGGCUGACUUUCAUGUUUGUUUUGGUAAUAAAACCAUGCCAAAUCAAUAAAAGGAAAGCCACUCGAAAAAUAGCCUUUAAAUCAAACAAUCCGUAGUAAACCGAAAACAGUAGCAGACAUAACAGUAAACGCAUUCCGUGUUAAAAGCCAAAAAGCCGGUCAGCGGUUGAAAAAAAAGCCGGAGAAUAGAAGCCAAGCCUCCUCUGCUCUUCUCGUGUUGUUAUUGUCGAAACGGGGUCAAAAGUUCGUGUCUCACUCGCUAAUUCAACCACACAAAAACACACACACUUUCGCACACUUGCACACCACCCAGAUAACGGUUUCUCAAGUGCAAGCGAAGACACAACGUCGCCCGUCUGGCAAAAAAGCAUGAAAAAGCAUAAGAAAAGCAAAAGAAAAGCAUGAGAAAAUCAGACAAAAGCAUUAGACAAGUGCCAAGUAACUCAAAACUGCAGUCGGCUUAGGCCUACGAAAAACACACGGAAAACUAAAAACGAAAAACAACACCAAAUACUAGACAAACUAGGCCAAUUCGCGUGGAUGCGGGGGAAAAACGCUGAAAAGUGCUCGGGAAACAUAGAGAAAUAAAAUAAAAUAAAAAUAAAACAAUGGCAGCCAGCUCCCUGGCCAUUUGUCAAUGACUGGGACACUCGCGUGACUGCCGAUUCUUGGGAAAAGUGGAAUAACAGUAGCCGAAACAGACUCCGGAACAAGGACUACCACGGAAAUUCGGAGGCCGCAUUUCGUGUACUACGGCAUAAAACAGAAGCGGCAAAUAGAAAAGCCAAACGGCGGCUAAGUUGCCUUUGUCUGCCUUGCGGGCGAGGAGGUCUGGCAAUUGGCCAAGUUAAUAAAGAGGGCCGGGAGGGCCGAUAAUGACGUUGCUGCAGCAGCAGCAACUGCUGCCGCCCAUGCUGAUGAUGAGGCUGCUAACUUGGUUAUUGCUGCCAGCCUAGAGGAACCAGGACGAGCACCAGCAUCCUCCAACCUCCAUCAUCCAUCCACCAGACAGACAGACAGGCACAAAAACAAGGUCUGAAGCUGCAACGCCCUCGUCCUGCCGGCCAGGCUUACUGCAUUUCCGCAUCUUGUUCCUGUCGCCGCCCGUCGCCGUCGUUGCCAUCGCCAUCGCCAUCAUCAUCGUUGUUGUUUAAGCCCAGUCAUUUCCACCGCCGGAGUCGCCAUGCCCACCGCCCACCCACUGCCGCUCUGCGUGGCCUGGCUGCUGCUCCUCGUCGUCAUUGUAAUGAGCGACAUGACAAACGGCGGUGUGCAGGGACCCAUCGAGGGCUACAACUCGCUGGACGACCUGCUGACAACCACUCCGACUCCUGGACAGGCCGCCCUGCUCCUGCCGACCGCGCCCACCGCCGCCUACACGCACCCCAAGUGGAUGGAGCCCUACUUCGAUCCCUCGACGCCGCGCAACGUCACCGCCCUGAUGGGCAAGUCCGCCUAUCUCAGCUGCCGUGUGCGCAAUUUGGCCAACAAAACGGUGUCCUGGAUCCGGCAUCGCGAUAUCCACAUACUAACGGUCGGCUCGUACACCUACACCUCGGACCAGCGGUUCCAGGCCACCCAUCACCAGGACACCGAGGACUGGACCCUCCAGAUAAAGUGGGCACAAAAGCGGGACGCGGGAAUGUACGAGUGCCAGAUAUCGACGCAGCCGGUCCGCAGCUAUUUCGUUCGCCUGAAUGUCGUUGUGCCAACGGCCACCAUCCUGGGAGGUCCUGACCUUCACGUUGAUAAAGGCAGCACCAUAAAUCUCACUUGCACUGUAAAGUUCAGCCCCGAACCGCCGGCCUACAUCUUUUGGUAUCACCACGAGGAGGUCAUUAAUUAUGAUUCAUCAAGAGGCGGUGUGUCGGUAAUUACCGAAAAGGGCGAUGUGACAACCUCGUUUCUGCUCAUACAGAAUGCAGAUCUGGCCGAUUCCGGCAAAUACUCCUGUGCGCCCUCCAAUGCAGAUGUGGCCAGUGUGCGUGUGCAUGUCCUAAAUGUUCGGGCCAUAAUUUCAGGUGAACAUCCGGAGGCAAUGCAAACUGGCUCAUCCGGUUGUCAGUACAAUUGGCUGACAAUCGUCCUGCUGCUGGGAAUCGUCCUUUGCUACGGUCAACGCUGCGGCUCCGCAAUGCCAGCGUCAUUAACGUCGCCAUUACCACUGCAACUACAAUUCCCAGCGGCUGCAGCAGCGGAAGGAGAAAGUGCAUCCAGUGAAAGUGUGGCAACCGCCGCAAUGUCAGCAACAACAGCCACAACUACAACAGCAGCAACAGCAAUAGUAGCAGCAGCAACAACAACAACAACAACAACAACGAGGAAGCGUUGUCCUGCGGUCAAAAACUGUCGCCAGGCUGCCGGUCAUGAGCUGGCCAAAAGGACCUGUCACAGAUGAUCAAAUGGAGGCCACAACAGCCCCAACUAAAUAGAGUAAUUUAAAGAGCCACAUGAAAUGUGUGCGAGUGUGCGAGUGUUUGAAUAAGUAUUUCUGAAUGUGUGAUUGAGCCUUUGAGUGUUUGCUAUUCAACCGAUUAGUAUGUCAGUUUUAAACUUGUAUUCAAAGCAAACACAUUGCUGAACAACGGCGCAGUGCGUGGUUAAAAUACCCAAGGCUUUUCAGUUAUUAGUUUCUGAGUACUUAAAUUGAUCAAACAUUUUAUUUUACGUGAACUUUUAAAUGCAUUUUGUUUUAAACAUUAUUUUCACAGUAAUUAUAAACCUUCCGCAAGCCACACAAUAUUUACAAACUUUUUCAAACAUUUAUUUUAUUGCUUUAAAGCAGAUAAAAUAUUAACUCUUUUUAAUUGUUAAUUUUUGUGAUGUUAAAACUCUUAUUUUCUAAUUAUCACAUGAUUGAUAAAUUGCCAUCCAUACUUUUCGUAUUUUAUUUGUAAAUUUAAUGUUAUUCCUUCACAAAAAAACAAAAAUCUCUUUAUUAAACACUGUUAAUUAAAAUAUUUAAAACCUAUCAACCUCUUUUUGCUGCCGAAGCCGUUGUAACGCAAUGUAUUUGUAUAAAUAAUACUAUGUGUAAGCUAAUUGAUAACAAUUUAAUGUGUAUAUUUAAACAAAAUCAAAAUUUACUUUAGGAUGUGUGUAAAUACAAAUUUAAACAUAAUUACGGCUUAACCGAUGUGGGGCAAUCGUAAAAAAAUGUGUAUCACAAAAAUUAUGAGCAUGAGUAAUCUCUAUGGCCAGCGGCGCUGACUCUUUUUAAUAAAUUAAUGAAUAAUCAAAUAAAGUGGAGUGUACAGUGCCAGUGUCAGGCUCAAUAUUCAAUAAUUAGAUAAAAAACGUAGAAAAAUCCAAAUAGCUACAAAAUGAGAGCAGCAGUGAGUCAUAAAACAUUUAAAUUGAUUGCCAUAUCAUGCAAAUAUUUGCACUGCGCCAUUUACCACCAACCAAAUGUAAAUUCGAUUUUCUCUUCCACUCGCCCCAUAAAAUAAAAUUUAUUUAAUUUUUAAUUGCAUUGAUAUUAAUGUCAGAGUUUUAUAAUCGACGGUAAGUCAACCUGCCACAUUUUAAAUUGAUUAAAAACCCCCUCAAUAUUUAUCUAAAAGUAUCUUUAAGUUGUUAAAGUAUCUGCAUCACAUGUAAACGUCAUUCUCAGUUAAAGUUUACCUAAGCCUAAUAAUGGUUUUCCAUUAGUUUUGCAACUUUAAUUAAAUUCUGUGUUGUCCUGUCAAAUUACCACCAACUGGGAAAUAACUGUGGAGUAAUUUUGUAUGAGUAUUUUUUUAAACUUUAAUUGCUAUAGAGGGCAAAACUGUGCAGCAUAUAGAAAUAUAAUUAAAAAUAAUAACAAAGAAUUUUCAUUCCACACAACAAAUUGAUUUAAUUUAAAAUUAAAAUGUGAAAAAAUCAAAUAUCAGAUUGUAUUUCAUUACCGAUGAAAGAUACAAAGUGAGACUACUCUGUUGAUACACAGCAAAUAAUAUAAUUCAUAAUUGUUAUAAUUAUAAAACAACAAGUUCAUUGGCAUGGGUCUCGAACAAUUUAUACAAGCCUGCAAAUUAACCAUCAUUUGCUAUUCAAAUCAAGCAAUAACCAAUUCAAACUCAUCGAGAGCGCUUGUCCAAUUAAAAUGUGAUGUUAUUUCCCUCAUCUUGUGUUUGGAUACAAUUAUAAUGAAACAUAAUUUGGAAUUAUGCCUUGCCAUUUGGCUGGCUGCGGUUACAGAAAGGCAAAACUAAUUUUUUUGUUUUCCGUUAAGCUGAUUUUAUGAGCCGAUUAUCUGGAAAUUUGUAUCGUAAUAGUCAAUGUAACUUUCGAUGGUGUAAUUUUAGAAUAGUGACUUAAUUGCCAAGCGAUUUAUAAACUGAUUAACUUUACUGAUUUAAAUCCAUAUUUUUAAAUCAGAAAUAUUUUGUUCACAAUUAUAGCUUAAUUACAUGCUGCAAUUUAUUUUCUUAAACCACUUUCAAUCUGAGAAACUAUUUCCUUUCCCUUCCUUGUGUUUCUGAGUGCAACUAAUCCCUUAAUUGUUAAUGCAACCAAUCAAAAAUAUAAGCAGUCGCUCACAAAACAUAUAAACACAUAUAUACUGAGUCUAAGUGUGAAUAAGAACAUAUGCCAGCCAAUUUGAAUUCUAACACAACGGAAUGCUAAUGCCAUAAGCCCCCAAGCAUUUGCCAUAAACCCUUAAAGCGCAGUAUAUAAAUCUACAUAUAUAGUAUAUACAUAUAUUCGUAGGCCGUCAUCUAAGUAAUUCCUGUAUAUUAAAGUUAAUUAGUGAAGCUCUAGAAUUAUGCAUUAGACAAGUAAAUUUACAAAACUAUGUGUGGAUAACAACAUAGUUAUUUAGCUGUAAUAAAGCAAUCGAACUGUGUAAAACGAACUACUUUUAACUGUUGAAAUUAAACUAAAUGGCAAACUAGUGAAAGCAUAACAUAAAUAUGACAUCAUAAAGAACACAUAGCAAAACCUAACAAUAAUAAACAAAUAGGAAGGAUAACAAAGGGCAAACAACAGGACCGGAAACAAAUUGAAAACGGAGUUGUUGUUUGUCUUUUGCGCAAUGAUUGUCGCCGCAGUUAUUGUAAAACAACAAACGAGAGAAGAAACAGCGAUACGAUUAAAAUUUUUUAUUUAAAAAUUAA